AUGCAAUCGAGGGUUGUGGCAUCUGAAGAAGGUAAAACAAAAGGGUUAUCACUAGGAUCAAUGCGUUUAUUUGUUGUUUUCAUUGCUCUAUGUGUUGUGUUUUCUGUGAUAAGCAUAUAUACUAUUAAGCACUUUGGAAUUAAGAGUGUGGUUACUACAAUGAGUUCAACUUUUCAGCCAUGUGUUGAGGAACACGGUGGUUUGGAACAAUGGAUUAAACCUCCUUCGACUCUGAUCCAUAAUAUGAGUGAUAGUGAACUUCUUUGGAGAGCUUCUUUGGUUCCUAAGAUUAAAAAUUACCCUUUUCGAAGAGUUCCAAAGAUUGCUUUUAUGUUUCUUACUAAAGGACCAUUGCCUCUUGCACCUCUUUGGGAGAGGUUUCUCAAAGGGCAUCACAAUCUUUAUACUAUUUAUAUUCAUCCUUUUCCUUCUUAUCAAGCUCACUUUCCUCCUUCAUCUGCUUUCUAUAAGAGGCAAAUCCCUAGUCAGGUUGCUGAGUGGGGAAGAAUGAGCAUGUGCGACGCCGAAAGAAGACUAGUUGCCAAUGCACUACUCGACAUCUCCAAUGAGUGGUUUAUCCUAUUAUCUGAGUCAUGCAUCCCUCUCUACAAAUUCAGCACAGUCUACAACUACUUAUUGAAAUCCAAAUUCAGCUUCAUCGGCGCGUUUGAUGAUCCUGGUCCAUACGGAAGAGGACGCUACAACCCAAACAUGGCUCCUCUAGUAGACAUUACAAAAUGGCGUAAAGGCUCUCAAUGGUUCGAAGUAAACCGAAAGCUCGCCGUCAACAUUGUGGAAGACACCGCGUUUUAUCCUAAGUUCGAACAAUACUGUAGACCGGCUUGUUACGUCGACGAGCACUAUUUUCCAACCAUGUUAACAAUUCAAGCGGGGAGUGCGUUGGCGAACCGGAGCAUAACUUGGGUGGACUGGUCUAGAGGUGGGCCCCACCCGGCGACAUUUGGAAAAGCGGAUAUCACAAAGGAGUUUUUCAGUAGAGUUCUUGGAGAUCAAAAAUGCAUAUAUAAUAAUAGAAACUCUUCGGUUUGUGUUCUUUUUGCUAGAAAAUUUGCACCUAGUGCUUUGGAACCUUUGUUAGAUAUGGUGAAUUCAAAAGUCUUAGACUUUUGA